UCAUCCAUAUCCUCUCUUUGGUUUUAAAUUAUAUUUAUAAACACCAACGAGAGGAUUAGCCUUGUUAUAUUUCACUAUCAUCUUUAGCAUUCCCUUUUUCCUUUAAGAAAUUUAUCGGAAAAAGGGCCAAAAAAACAGAAACUUGAAAUUACCAAAGAAAAAAAGAAAGAAAGAAAAAAGCAAAGAUGGUAGGGAAAAUAGUGGUUUCAUUGGUAUCUUUGAUUCUUUUAGUAGGUGUAAUUGUAGGAGUUGUAGUUGUUGUACACAAAAAUGGAGAUAACGAUGAUGAUAAAAGCACCAAAGUUCAAAUGAAAAAAGUUGACGAAUUUUGUCAACCUACAUCAUUUAAAGAUGCAUGUGUACAAAGUCUUGAUAAAGUUGCAUCUAACGAUUCUGCUACAAUUAAAGACUAUAUUAUGGCUGCUUUUGAAUAUACUGUACAAGAGAUCAAGAAAUCUUUACAUGAAACUGGAAAAACCAAUGUUAAUAAGGAAAGUGAUCCUUACAAUCACAUGGCAGUAGAAGAUUGCAAAGUACUAUUGGAAGAUGCAAUUGAAGAACUCGAAUCCACGCUUAAAGUGGUUAACGAGAACGAAAUGAAGUCCCUGAAUGAUAAAGUCUACGACAUUCUGAAUUAUGUCAGUGCUGUUUACUCUUAUCAGAGCGAGUGUAUAGAUUCCAUUGACAAGCCUGAGUACAAAUCCGCCAUUGAAAAAUACCUUGUCAACUCCACGCAAUUGAGUAACAAUGCCAUUGACAUUGUAGCUAAGAUUUCAUCUGCUCUCCAAUCCUCGGACUUUCAAAUUCCUGAUGGUCUUUUAAACCGAAAACUUCUUGAAGCAAAUUACCAAAUUGGUCAUGACAAUUACCCUACAUGGUUUCCUGUUGCUGACCGUAAGCUUUUGGCUAACACCCCAACUCCUCAUGCAGUAGUUGCACAAGAUGGAAGUGGACAAUUUAAAACAGUUUCUGAUGCUCUUAAAGCAUACCCUCAAAAACAUCAAGGCAAAUACAUAGUAUAUGUCAAGGCUGGUGUUUAUAACGAACAAGUCCUUGUCGAUAAGAAACAACCGAACGUGUUUAUCUUUGGAGAUGGCGCGGGGAAAACAAUCAGAACUUCAGACAAAAAUGUCGCAAUCUUGAAAUUCACCACCAUGAAUUCUGCUACAUUUGGUGUUAACGCACCAGGGUUUGUUGCCAAAGGAAUUACAUUCCGAAACACAGCUGGUCCAAAAGGACAACAAGCCGUGGCACUCAGAAUACAAGGUGAUCAAUCUGCAGUUUUCGACUGCAACAUUGAAGGCUACCAAGACACCUUAUACUAUCAAAGCAAACGUCAAUUCUAUCGCAAUUGUGUCAUAUCAGGCACGAUCGAUUUCAUCUUUGGCAGGGGCACGGCUGUUAUCCAAGAUUCCACCAUCAUUUUGAGAAAACCAGGGGAUGACCAAAAAUGGAAUACAAUCACAGCAGACGGUAGGGAAGUGCAGUCACAACCAACAGGAGUAGCAUUACAAAAUUGCAAAAUCGUCGCAGAAAAGGAACUCAUCGAUACUAAAAUCGUCGAGAAUUUCUUGGGACGUCCAUGGAAGGCGUUAUCGACGAAUGUAGUAAUGGAGAGUGAAAUUGGAAGUUUCAUUAAGCCAGAAGGAUGGAUGAUAUGGGAUAAAAAACAUUAUGAGGAAACAUGUGAAUGUUAUGAAUAUGCUAAUAGAGGACCUGGUGCUGUUACAAAUGCAAGGAACAAGGUUUUCAAGAAAUUUAAAGUACUUAGCCCGCAGGAAGCAACUAAAUAUACUGCUGGUGCUGUUUGGUUUCAAGGAAAAGAAUGGUUGCCUGCUACUGGUGCACCUUUUUACCUUGGUCUAGGUGGAAAAUAAAGCAAGAAAUUAUAUUCAUUAGAGCAAGGUGAUAUCCUGUUGUACUCCUGAGGACCAAGUCCACAGAUAAGGAUUUUCUUAGCCUUUGUUUUCUUGUCCAUCAUUCUGAAAUCUGCUGCUGCAUAUUCAGAAGGGUCUUUGGGAACAACUACAUUUUGCCCAUUUUGUUUAGUCGAAGUUAGUGGACCUUGAGUCACUAUGGUCCAUAGUUCAUAGUCUUUAGCCGUCAAGGAAUCUUCUAUUCUUGCUUUCCACCAAUUGCUGUAUUUUCCAUUAUACAGGGGUGGUCUAGUAUUUGACUAUUCUUCGUUAAUUCCAAGUGGAGCACUCAUUUUACUUUCGAGAUCUCUCUAGGUGUUUACCGGGUGUGAGAGAACCCGAUUUGAUACCAAUUAUUAGUUUGAGUUCCUUUAUGGAUUACUAAAGAACUUGGUUCGU